CAACCCCAGAAAUAUUGCUUGACAUUUUGGAUUCACCUUGUAUAAUAUGGCUUAAACAAAAAUGUAGUUGCCGGGGUAUUAUUAUGUUUAAUCUAAUGACAAUAAUAACUGUCAGUGAUUCACGUAUACUGAUAUAAUAUAAAGAGAUAAGUAAACAUGCUGACUUUAAAAAGAACAGCCAGAUCCUUAAGGACAAGAGUUCCACCGUUUAACAGAUUUUCAAGAUUAGAAUCUUCAAAAUCUGCAACAAAGCCGGAAAAAACGGAAAAGUUGAGCGCUGGUUCGGGAAAGAUAGUGGCGGUAAUUGGAGCCGUGGUAGAUGUUCAAUUCAGCGAGAUCCUACCGCCCAUUUUGAACGCCCUUGAAGUUCAUGAUCGAAAACCCCGUCUCGUCCUGGAAGUGGCACAACAUUUAGGCGAGAACUCGGUCCGGACCAUAGCAAUGGACGGUACCGAAGGACUCGUUAGAGGACAACGAGUGGACGAUACCGGAUAUCCCAUACGCAUACCUGUUGGUAGAGAAACUCUAGGCAGAAUAAUAAACGUUAUUGGGGAACCGAUAGACGAGAGAGGACCCAUUGGAUCCCAAAAUCUGGCGUCUAUCCAUGCAGAAGCGCCGGAGUUUGUGGACAUGAGCGUCAAGCAAGAGAUAUUAGUCACGGGGAUUAAAGUGGUCGACUUGCUGGCACCUUAUGCUAAAGGUGGUAAAAUAGGACUAUUUGGUGGGGCUGGCGUAGGGAAGACUGUCCUAAUAAUGGAACUCAUAAACAAUAUAGCGAAAGCACACGGUGGAUAUUCGGUGUUUGCCGGUGUAGGUGAAAGGACCCGCGAAGGAAACGAUUUAUACAUGGAAAUGAUCGAAUCGGGAGUUAUAAACUUGAAGGAGGGCACUUCAAAAGUAGCCUUAGUUUAUGGACAAAUGAAUGAACCGCCAGGAGCAAGAGCAAGAGUAGCUUUGACUGGAUUAACCAUUGCUGAAUAUUUCAGGGAUAAAGAAGGUCAAGAUGUACUUCUCUUUAUCGACAAUAUUUUUAGAUUCACUCAAGCGGGUUCUGAAGUAUCAGCCCUGCUGGGGAGAAUACCAUCUGCUGUUGGUUAUCAACCCACACUUGCUACAGAUAUGGGAUCUAUGCAAGAGAGAAUAACUUCAACAAAGAAAGGAUCUAUUACAUCUGUACAAGCAGUAUAUGUACCUGCAGAUGAUUUGACAGAUCCUGCACCAGCAACAACAUUUGCUCAUUUGGAUGCAACAACUGUUUUGUCUAGAGCUAUAGCAGAGCUUGGCAUUUACCCUGCAGUGGAUCCAUUAGAUUCAACUUCUCGAAUUAUGGACCCUAUAGUAGUAGGAGAAGAACACUACCAGGUAGCCAGAAAUAUACAAAAAACAUUGCAGAACUACAAAUCUCUCCAGGAUAUCAUUGCCAUUCUGGGCAUGGAUGAGUUAUCUGAGGAUGAUAAAUUGACAGUAGCGAGAGCUAGAAAAAUUCAACGUUUCCUAUCUCAACCUUUCCAAGUAGCAGAAGUGUUCACCGGGCAUCCAGGAAAAUUAGUACCUCUUGAAGACACUGUGAAAGGAUUUCAGAAAAUUCUGAGGGGCGAAAUGGAUCACAUUCCUGAAAUGGCUUUUUACAUGGUUGGUAAUAUUGAAGAUGUUAUGAAAAAGGCUGAACAACUGGCUACUGAAAGAUCUGUUUGAGAUAAUUGCCCAUAAAAGGUGUAAUAAGUAUCAUUUCAGAAAUUUAAAUACUUGCGGACCUACAGAUUGUUAAAAUUUUUUAGAAUAUAUUAAUGCUUCAAUA